AUGCUUUCAGUGAAAAGAUCAAUAAGUAGAAUUCCAACAGCCCGUCUCUUCAGCACUACUAGGAGACAGUUGAAGGAGGUCGAAUUGACAGUCGACGGUGUAAAGGUAUCCAUAGAAGCCGGUUCUUCCAUUAUUCAGGCAGCAGAGAAGGCUGGUGUCACCAUUCCAAGGUACUGCUACCAUGAAAAGUUGGCUGUAGCAGGUAACUGUCGUAUGUGUUUGGUUGAAAUUGAGAGAUCCCCCAAAUUGGCAGCUUCUUGUGCCAUGCCCGUUCAGAAUGGUAUGAGUGUCUUGACUAACACUCCUAAGAUCAAAAAGGCCAGAGAGGGUGUUACUGAGAUGUUACUGGAGAACCACCCCUUGGAUUGUCCUGUGUGUGACCAAGGUGGUGAGUGUGAUUUACAAGAACAGUCCUUGAGAUAUGGUAGUGAUCGUGGCCGUUUCCAUGAAAUUGUUGGAAAAAGGGCCGUUGAGAAUAAGGCCAUUGGUCCUCUGAUCAAGACCUCCAUGAACCGUUGUAUCCAUUGUACAAGAUGUGUUAGAUUCCUGAACGAUGUCGCCGGUGCUCCUGAGUUUGGAACUGCAGGACGUGGAAAUGACAUGCAAAUUGGUACCUAUGUCGAGAGAAACGUCAACUCUGAGUUGUCUGCUAACGUCAUUGACCUGUGUCCCGUGGGUGCAUUGACUUCCAAGCCAUAUGCUUUCAGAGCAAGACCUUGGGAGCUGAAGAGAACUGAAACAAUUGAUGUUCACGAUGCUCUGGGUUCCAAUGUUCGUGUAGACACUAGAGGUAUUGAGGUUAUGAGAGUUCUGCCACGAUUGAAUGAUGAGAUUAAUGAAGAAUGGAUCAGUGACAAAACCAGAUUCGCCUGUGACGGUCUGAAGACUCAACGUCUGACUAAACCAUUGAUCAGACAAGGAAACACAUUUGUGGACGCUACUUGGGAGGAGGCUUUGGCCACCAUCGCUGAAGGUUUCCAGAAGGUUCAACCAAAGGAGAACGAGAUUAAGGCAAUCGUUGGUUCCCUGACAGAUCUAGAAUCUAUUGUAGCUCUGAAAGACUUGGUCAACAAAUUGGGCUCAGAAAAUGUUUCUACUGAUGGAGAUGCAACAACUGUUCCUCCAGCCCAUGGAGCCGACUUUAGAUCUAACUAUAUCUUCAAUUCAACUAUUGACAACAUUGAAGAGGCUGACCAGAUAUUAUUGGUCGGUACUAAUCCAAGACAUGAAGCCGCAGUGUUAAAUGCAAGGAUCAGAAAGGUGUGGCUACGUUCAGACCUUGAAGUCCACCACGUUGGUGAGGAAUUUGACUCCACUUUUGAGUUGAACCACCUUGGUAGCGAUGUCAAUGCCUUGGCUAAGGCCCUUACCGGUGAAGUUGGAAAGAAAUUAUCUGAAGCUUCCAAGCCUUUGAUCAUCAUUGGAUCUGGGGUUACAGAAACUCAAGAUGCCGAGGCUGUAUAUGCAACUGUGGCCAAAUUUGUCACUUCCAAUGCAAACAUCGUCACUCCAGAAUGGAAUGGAUUCAAUUUGUUGCACCGUGAAGCUUCUCGCGUCGGUGCUUUGGAUGUUGGAUUCACCACUCAAUCCCCAGAGGUUGCCAACACCAAAGCCAAGUUUAUCUACCUACUAGGUGCUGAUGAAAUCGUCAACAAAGAUAUCCCAAAGGACGCAUUCGUUGUAUACCAGGGACACCACGGUGACUUGGGAGCUUCCUUCGCCGAUGUUAUCCUACCAGGCUCUGCUUACACCGAAAAGACUGCUACAUACGUCAACACAGAAGGCCGAGUCCAGUCGACUAGAGCCGCCACGAACCCUCCUGGUGUUGCUAGAGAAGAUUGGAUGAUCAUUAGAGCUCUCAGUGAAUACUUGGGAGCCACUUUGCCCUAUGAUAACCUAUACGAAAUGAGAUCCAGAUUGGCUGAUGUUGCUCCUCACCUCUUACGUCACGAGGUUGUAGAGCCAGUGUCAGAGGGCAUCGCUAAGGUUGGAUUCCAAUCUCUGGUUAAACCCGGAAUUCAAUCCAAAGGAGUUUUACUCAAGAACCCGAUCGAGAACUUCUACUUCACGGAUGUCAUCUCCAAAUCUUCUCCUACAAUGGCCAAGUGUGUGGGUAGCUUUGGUUCCAAGAUCGAAAAGAUCAAGGACGAGAAAGCCAACAGCUAUCUAUCAUUUGCUUAA